AUGUACGAAGUUAUGGCUGAUGACAGCCUACCUGCUGUCGACUUCAUUGACCGCAGGGGGCUCAUUCUCGAUUCGGAGCGCAAGUCUGUCACCAACAUUAACCCCAAAGGCUUCUUCAUACGGCAUCCCCCUGCACCCCAAGAACUUAAUGAGGAUCUGACACCGGAAUCAAAGUUAUUCCAGACCAUUCACAUGGGAGCCGCCGUCGUGGAUACCGGGCGCUGGAAGCUCAUCGUAGACGGGCUUGUUGAGCGCCCUUUUUCCACCAAUCUCGAUCAAUUACGAAAGAUGCCGUCCGAGACAGUCACCUCUUUCCAUGAAUGCUACGGCAGCCCCAUAAAUCCUCCUACGAAGAAUGUUUGGCGCAUUGGCAAUGUCAAAUGGACGGGCGUCCCGCUGCAUUAUCUGCUGUCCAUUGCUCGGCCAGAUCUUGAGCGAGGACUGUUUGUUUGGUCCGAUGGGCUGGACUCUGGCGAAUUUGCCGGCGUCUCAGCCGAAAGGUACCAAAAGGACUUACCCAUCAAGAAAGCUUUAUCAUGCGAAGUUCUUGUUGCUUACGAAAUGAAUGGCCAACCGUUGACUAAGGAGCGCGGUGGACCAGUGAGGUUAGUUGUUCCAGGAUGGUUUGGGACGAAUUCCACAAAGUGGUUGUGUCGAUUAUCUGUGCAGGCAACAAGAUCGAAAGGGCCAUUUACUACUAUCUUUUAUAAUGAGCUUGAUCCAACGGACUCCGAAGGGGUCCGGAAAAGACCCGUUUGGAGUGUUGAGCCAAAUUCGAUGAUUGUCCGCCCUCGUCCGGACGAUGUAAUUGUCGGCCUCGGGUACAUUGAGGGCUGGGGGCGCGCAUGGGGGGCAGACGAGAUUGUGAGGGUUGAAGUCAGUCUCGAUGGAGACAGUUGGGAUGAGGCAAUUGUGUCACCACGGAAACAGUUUGAGUGGCAGCUAUUCUCCUUUCAAGUGGAAGUUCACCGAACCGGGAGACAUCACAUUCGAGCAAGGGCCACAGAUAAAUCUGGUGCACAGCAGCCACUAACUGGAAGGAGAAAUCAUGUUCCAACUGUUCAGAUCUGGGUACAAUCUAAUGUCCCCUAG